GUGGCCCAGACAAAUAGUCUCCUCCACAGGACUGUGUCGGUUUGGAAGUAGAAUUGACUGCUGCUGGGGCUGGGCCCGAUUGUCCUGGGGACAAUGCCAACCUUUCUACGUCUUAAGGCAGAGAAUAGCCAGCCUAAGGUGCCAGCCCAAAGCUAUAUGCCAGCCAGGAUGUAAACAUGGUGAAUGCGUUGGGCCAAACAAGUGCAAGUGCCACCCAGGAUACACUGGAAAAACCUGCAACCAAGAUGAGCAGCUAUAUACAAGUCUACCCAGUCAGAGCAGUGAAGCACUUCUAUUCCGCCCCCUGGAUCGUCCUGCAAGUAAUAUAGCAUCAAGGGAUCUAAAUGAGUGUGGACUAAAGCCACGGCCAUGCAAACACCGGUGUAUGAACACCUAUGGCAGCUACAAGUGCUACUGUCUGAAUGGCUACAUGCUUAUGCCAGAUGGAACGUGCUCGAAUGCCCUUUCUUGCUCGAUGGCAAACUGUCAGUAUGGCUGUGAUGUACUGAAGGGGGAAGUACGCUGCCGCUGUCCUUCUCCAGGACUGCAGCUGGGGCCUGAUGGCAGGACCUGCAUAGAUAUUGAUGAAUGUGCUACUGGGAGAGUUAUCUGUCCACGAUUUAGGCACUGCGUCAAUACUUUUGGAAGCUACGUUUGCAGGUGUCAUAAAGGCUUUGAUCUAAUGUACAUCGGAGGCAAAUACCAAUGCCAUGAUAUAGAUGAAUGUUCCCUUGGCCACCAUCACUGUGGUAGUUUUUCACGAUGUUACAAUACACCAGGAUCCUACAAAUGCAAGUGUAAAGAGGGGUACAGAGACAAUGGAACAAACUGCAUAGAAAGGCCAGUGACGAGGCCAACGACUCGACCUACAGCCAGGCCAACAACUCGUCCUACACCCAGGCCAACAACUCGACUGACACCAAAGCCAACCACUAGAUAUGUGCCAGUGACAACAAGGCCAGUAACAAAGCCAGUGACGAGGCCUCCACCUCCAACACCACCUCAACCUACAACAUUAAGACCUACACUACCACCACAAAGAACUCCUCUAAUAACAACUGAAGAGCCUUCACAUGUUCCCACUGAAACUACAUCUUCCCAGGGAACUACACAUGACAACAGGAUCCAUCUAGAUCCUCAGAAACCACGAGGAGAUGUGUUCAUUCCACGCCAGCCUGGAGUGAGCAAUAAUCUGUUUGAAAUACUUGAAAUUGAAAGAGGGAUUACUGCUGAUGAAUUUGAAGCAAACGAUGACCCAGGUGCGCUGGUACACAGCUGUAAUUUUGAUAGUGGACUGUGUGGAUGGAUCAAGGACAAAGAUGAUGACUUGCACUGGGAACCAGUGAGAGAUGCAUCAGGGGGACAGUAUCUUACCAUCUCUGAGCCCAAAGGCAAAGAAGGAAGAGCAGCGCAUCUAAUCCUGCCGCUGGGGCACAUGGCUCAGGCCAGCGACUUGUGCCUGUCGUUUAGACACAAGGUGCCUGGACGGCAUUCUGGUGCCCUCCAAGUCUUUGUAAGAAAAAAUGGUGCUCAUGGACCAGCUGUUUGGGGAAGAAAUGGUGGCCAUGGCUGGAGACAGACACACAUAACUUUACAAGGACUAGGCAUCAAGAGUGUUAUCUUCAGAGGGGAGAAAGGGAAAGGAGGAACUGGGGAUAUUGGACUAGAUGACGUGAUCUUGAGGAGAGGACGCUGCUCUGAAGAGCAUUAGCAAAGCCAGUGGAGCAGCAGAGUCAUCUCCUCUAGCCCUUCUCGUGCUAUUCUUACCAAGCUUUGAAACAGAACUGCACAAAAAAGAUGAAAAAGUUGAAGAGUGACAACUUCUUAGUGGUCUGCGAAGGGCAAUCUCACUGAAACUUCACUUAACAAGGAGAGCACCUCCCAGGAUUCAGGAACUC